AUGCAGCAUCUCCAUUUGACACUUUGCGUAUGGCAGAUCAUAUUUCGCAACUUGAAGCAUGACUUUGAAACACGUAAUACUGUCACCCGCUCAAGCACCGCAUUCCUAUCGCCUAAACAGCCACUUCCAGAAGCAGCGUCAGCAUCCACUCUACCAGAGAAAGAAGUCACCGAACGGUUCUCCAUGACACUUGAAGAGAGGAAGCAGGAACCUCAACAGACCUACUCUCCCGAAUCCUCUCAAACUCUGCAACCUCUCCUCUCAGCAUCCGUUGCUACCUCCGGACAAGACCAACGACCUACGUCACCUCGGUUCUUCAACGCCCUAUCAUAUUUACCGCAGCUACCUCCCAGGAUCUAUCAAUCUGCCCUUUCCCCCAAAUGCCCAUUCACAAUCAAGGACCUUUCCCGCCGUUUCUAUCGUAAAAUUUCGCCAUUGAGACGCGACAUGAGAAACAGUAAACGCUCGGUCAAUUGA